AUGACGAAAAUAUUUCAGCUUAAAAGAUCGUCUCCAAUGGCGCCGUCCGAAAAUGAAACCAGUGUGAACUUCGGCAGAGUAGAAUCAACAGAAACCUCGAACGACUGCGAGCUCGAAGCACAAGGCACCUGGAGGCACGCCGCUUUCCACGUAGCGACCACCAUCGCCACCCCCGCCGCCUACGCUCCGCUCCCGUUCGCCGUCGCCUCACUCGGCUGGCCGCUUGGGGCAGCGAGUUUAGUCGCCGGAACUCUUGCCACGUGGUAUUCCAGCCUGCUGAUAGCGUCGUUGUGGAGAUGGAAUGGGGAAAAGCACGCCACUUACCGACAUCUCGCGAUGAGUAUUUAUGGAUCAUGGGGUUACUGGUCCAUUGCAUUUUUUCAGCAGGUAGCUUCCUUGGGGAAUAAUGUUGCUAUUCAAAUUGCUGCUGGCAGUAGCCUUAAGGCAGUAUACAAAUACUAUCAUCCCGGCAAUGGCUUCACUCUGCAGCAUUUCAUAGUCUUUUUCGGAGUUUUCGAGCUUUUUCUCUCACAGUUUCCGGACAUUCAUUCAUUGAGAUGGGUGAAUGCUUUAUGCACUCUUAGCACCAUCGGUUUUGCUUGCACAACCAUUGGGGUAACCAUAUAUGAUGGGAGAAGGGCUAACCGAGAAUCGAUUUCUUAUAGCCUGCAAGGAAGCUCAUCGGCUAAAGUCUUUAGAGCAUUCAAUGCUUUAGGUGCAAUCGCCUUCUCAUUUGGGGAUGCUAUGCUCCCUGAAAUACAAAGCACGGUGAGAAAACCGGCUAAAGCGAAUUUGUACAAAGGCGUAUCAGCUGCAUACUCCAUUAUCGUCUCGACUUAUUGGCCACUGGCUUUUUCGGGCUAUUGGGCGUUUGGAUCGGAAGUCAAGCCUUACAUAGUGGCUUCGCUCACGACGCCUAUGUGGACAGUCGUGAUGGCUAAUCUAUUUGCAGUGAUUCAAAUUUCUGGAUGCUUUCAGAUUUACUGCAGGCCUACGUAUUCAUAUUUUGAAGCAAGAAAUAACACGCGUGACAACAAAAAUAUCAUCAAGAAUUAUAAGUACCGUCUCUUCUACACGGCAAUUUACAUUGGUUUCGUAACGCUUGUUGCAUCUGCAAUGCCAUUUUUCGGAGAUUUCGUUUCUAUAUGUGGAGCCAUUGGUUUUACACCGUUGGACUUCGUAUUUCCCGUUCUUGCUUAUAUGAAAGCCGGAAAAAAAACGAGUCGUGAGAAGUUACGCUUGCCUGUGAUGAUCCUCAAUUGUGCUAUUGCUAUCUGGUUUUCAGUAGUUGCUGUGUUGGGCUGUGCAGGUGCUGUUAGGUUUAUCGUGCUUGAUAUCAAGACAUACAGAUUCUUUCAUGAUAUGUAA